AAAAAAAAAGAAAUUGUAUAUCUUAUAUUAAUGUAACCCCAAUGGUACAAUUUUGCUGGUGGUAAUGAUCAAAAGAGAAUCAUUAAAUUUAAAACGCGGGUUCGUGCUUCCAUCUGCUUUUCUUGCCAAACCAUUCUGCUAAUCUAAUUAAAAUGUACAUUCCUUUUUAGCAUUUCAUAAACCAAAAAGUCUCUGUCCCAUUUUACUUCUUCGUUUUCUCUCUGCUCUCCAACACCAACACAACUCCCUUAUCAAAACAAAACAGAGAAAAACAAACAACCACACAAACAAACAAAAACCAGACUCACAAAAUUGAGAGAGAAAGACAGAGAAAAAACAGAGAAGAAGAAGAAGAAGAAGAGCUCAAAUCCAACCCAUGAUGGGCAACUACAGGUUCAGAUUAUCAGAUAUGAUACCAAAUGCCUGGUUUUACAAGCUCAAAGACAUGAGCAAAACCAGGAAGCAAAGCCCCAUGAAGAAAAAACUAUCCCCAUUAUCUUCUUCACCACAAAGAUCCCAAGUUUCUCAGCCAGGAGGGUAUAACAACAAAUAUGAUAUCCAACCCACCAGACCUGACAGAUUCUACAAAUCUCACAGGCUCUCAAAAUCCUCAGAUACCCAUUUUCCUGAUCCACCAAGAAGAUCAUCAAAAAGAAGAACCAAAAGGAAAGCAGUUUACAAGCCAUCUAAUAAGCCAGUUUUCUCUUCCUCUGUUUCACCCCAUUGUAGCUGCCAUGCCAAGCUUGAUUCAGCUCGGACUAAACCCGACCCGGUUCCUUCCCCGGAUUACUUUCUAUCAUCCAGUGAGAGUUCUACUGAAAAUUUCCAUGAAUAUAUUCCAUCUGAAUUUGAAGGUGACGAUAACAACAAUUUUUCUGUUCCUGAAUCUUUUGUGGAAUUAGCUUCAUGGUCUAGUCCUUGUGAUUCUAGACUUAGUUCUUCAACCACUGAUAUAAUCAUUGACUUGAAUGAGGAAACAUCGAUCAGAAAAACAGAGAAGCUUGAUGGGUUCGACAUGAUUUCUGAGCUUGAACUUCCUCCAAUUUCUACCAAGCCAAUGCACUUUGAUGAUAAGGUGUUUGAAGCUGCUAACAAUAGAAGAAAAAGGUCAUCAAAAGUGGAGGAGAUUAAAGGACAAAAAUCUCUGUCUGUGAAGAGUGUUAGGGAGGAAAGUUUCAAGACACAGAGGGAGCAGAAAACUGCUAGUCCUCUGGUUCGUAAAUUGUCUAGCAAUUCCACUGGUAUUAGGCUCAGAGCCAAUUCUCCGAGACUUGCAAGCAAGAAAAUUCAAGGGUAUGGAAGAAAAAGUGUCUCAUCAAGCAGUGCAUGCAUGAAAUCGAGGAAUAAAUGCAUUUCAGAGAGCUUUGCAGUUGUUAAAUCCUCUGUUGAUCCACAGAGAGAUUUCAUGGAUUCAAUGAUGGAGAUGAUUGUGGAGAACAAUAUCAGGGCUUCUAAGGAUUUGGAAGAGCUUCUAGCUUCUUAUCUUUUGCUUAAUUCCAAUGAGUAUCAUGAGCUCAUCGUCAAGGCGUUUGAGCAAAUCUGGUUUGAUAUGGCUGACAUGCCAAAGUAAUAAUUUCAUAGAAUAUCAAAACGCAUAUAUAUAUAUAUAUAUAUAUAAUAUCAGUUUUUCAUUUU